UCACGAAAAUAUAAGAGUCACCGACCAUGGAAUCAAAUCAGCCCUUCGGGGCUCCCAUGGUGCCUCCGCUUGAAACCUCCCUCGACAACUCCAACCUGUCGCAAAUCUCGAAGCCAUUUCCUGUCGCAAACACAAGAGAUGCUCCAUUUGGCAAAUCUUCCAACCCACCGACUCCGAGCAUGUCGAGCCCGGCCACGCGCCGCGUCUCGCAGUCCGCUGCAUUUUCGAACCCACCCUCGCCUCGUCUAUCAAAUGCGCCAGGAGCACGGCCGUCAAGCUCUGCUUCCUCGAGUCGCAGACCGUCGUCGCCGAUGAUUAAAAAGAGGAGCUCGAGGUCUUCGUUAGGACCUGGGCAGGAAGAACUGGAUUCACCAAGGAGACCAACGCCGAAACGAUCAAUCUCCAACCUGAUCACUGGCUUGAGGGAAGCGCAUACAAGCAUGGAGCUGAUUGAGGAGCCUGUGCCGCUCACGGCCGCCCAAGUUGCAACGGACUACUUCGCAAAAGAGCUGUCAGGUCAUGCGGAAGUCGGGACAGAGGUAGAGACCGUGGUCAUGCUGCACGAUGCCUGCUAUGGACACCGGUUCUCGCGCCUCAAGACCAACAAGACCUCCCUUUCGAUGAUCGUGGAGAGGCCGGAGCGACUUCACGCGAGUGUACUUGGAGCUUCCACUGCAUACGUCCGUCUUGGGAAACACCACUCAGAAGCAGAAAAUGCGCCUCAUCCAGAUCGGCCACGAUCUUCCAAGCCGCCGUUCAUUAUUCGUCGCUCCGCACGAACCCUCGAUGUCACGUCAUCAUUCGUAACGGAUGUGCACGGAACCGCGUGGAUGACUGAGCUGCAGAGGAUGUGUCGCGCGGCACCAGAGAAGCUGGCAGCAGGUGUGAAGGAAUUGGAUCGACGACCUGCAAUCGGAGAGAGUGAAGCGCCAGCACUCCACGAAGGCGAUCUUUACCUUGCAAAUGAAUCCCAGCAGGCCUUCGAGGGCGCAUUGGGAGCUGUUGCGGAUGCUGUGGACGCCAUCUUCUCGGAGUCUACGAAGACCAAGCGGGCAUUUGUCGCCGUGCGCCCUCCUGGUCAUCACUGCUCUGCAAAUGAACCAAGCGGGUUCUGCUGGUUGAACAAUGUGCACGUUGGCAUCGAAUAUGCUGCUCAGAUGCACGGCUUGACGCACGCUGCGAUCCUCGACUUUGAUCUCCACCACGGAGACGGCAGUCAGGCCAUUACAUGGGAACGCAACAGUCAGAAUAACAUCAAACGCCUCAAUGCUAGAAAUAACAAGCAAAAGCUUGGUCCUGAUAUCGGCUACUAUAGCAUUCACGACAUCAAUAGCUAUCCUUGCGAGAUGGGAGACGACGAAAAGGUCCAGGCCGCCAGUCUUUGCAUCGAGAAUGCUCACGGGCAGUCUAUUUGGAAUGUUCACCUGCAGCCCUGGAAGACCGAGGCUGAGUUCUGGCAGCUGUACGAGAGUCGCUACAUGGUCUUGUUGGACAAGGCAAAGACCUUCCUGCAACAUCAUGCAAGCCGUUUGAGGUCAGAAGGGAAGAUUCAACCGAAAGCAGCCAUCUACAUCUCUGCAGGCUUCGAUGCGAGCGAGUGGGAGGGUGCCGGCAUGCAACGACACAAAGUCAGUGUACCAACAGACUUCUACGCGCGAAUCACCCAAGACAUCGUCAAGCUGGCGCAGGAAAUUGAGGGCUGUGAAGGUCGCGUGAUCAGCGUGCUCGAAGGAGGAUACAGUGAUCGCGCUUUGUGCAGUGGUGUUCUGAGCCAUCUGUCCGGGCUAUGCGCUGCGCCAGUCACGACCUCUACAAACGGUGUUGGAGCUCUGAUGGACAUAAGCGACCACAUGACUAGCCUGUCUAUCAAUGGACUCCCGGCUUCACAGGUUCAGCAAUAUGACAAGAGCUGGUGGUCUGCCAGCAACUUGACGGCGUUGGAAUUGAAAGUCAAUCCACCACCGCCUGCGCAAGGCAAGAAGGCUCGAAUUGGCCCGCAACCGACUUAUGCGACUCCGACAGAGUCGUUUGCAUACAAGGUGGUCGACACGGACAAGUUCGCUCGCUCGAUCGCCGGAACGCUGCGCGACGCACCUGAUGCUCGACAAGCACCAGUACUACCACCACCAGAGGUCGACUGGGUGGUCGCAACGCAAGAGCUCCAUAAGCUGCUCGUUCCUACUGAUAGGCAGACCAAGAGCUUCACGGCGGAAGAGCUCGGUGGGGUUCGACCCAAGAAAGAAGCGCACGCGCGAGCUGCUUCACCUGCCAAUGCCGAAGGACCUAGACAGCUGCGGGACCGCAAGGCCAAAGGUCCUAUCCGUGCCGAGAGCGUCCACAGCGACGGAAUGGACAGCGUACGCGCAGCAAGUCGUUCUGAGAGCAGGAGCAGUAGAAGGGAGACUAUCUCGGUACUGCCAUCGGAGACACCUGCUCCGGAGAAGCGGAGGGUGAGCAGAAGACUUAGCGCUGGCAGUACGCUCGAUGUCUUCAGCAGCACGAUUGAAGCAGAUGCGCCGCCCGUACCGUCAUUGCCAUCUACGCAAGUGUUGGGGUCUAACCACGGGAUGAAGCCUCCCCCUGUUCCGAUCAACGGUGGCCUUCAACUCAAUAGCAAGAAGCCGAGAGCACCCGCAAAGCCUAGAAAGUUGGCCACAUCUGCCAGUGCGCCAACAUCGCCGCGAAAGGCUGCGGCUCCAGCAGUUCCCGGAGUGCUAGGCAAACAGGAAACGGCACGUCCUCUGGGUACCGCGAGUAAUGCCGCAGACAUGGAAAGUCUCACUAGCGGCAUGAAGAAGGUCACGCUGAAGCUCAGUGGUACAAAAGAGGAGCACGACCGGAAGCAGAAAGAGAAGCUGGACGCAGAGCGAAAAGGGAGAGCGCUCAAAGCCGCCGAGACGCGUAGAGUCAACGCCGCUGCGAAGAAGGCCGCACUGCAAACCGCUCCUCGUGACUCAAGUGCCAGGCCGGCUCCUCAGGCGAGCUCCAACACAUCUGUUCCAAAACAGUCGACAGCUCCCGCUGCGAACGGUCUGCCAACUCCAACUUCGGCCUCCACUCCGGUCUUCCCCGUUGACAAUACAGCGCCCGCUUCAUCGGUCAUCGCACCCAGCACGAGCUCAGUUGUUCCUCCAGCCAGCAUGCACCAGACCAGUGCGCUUCCAGUCAACGGUGCCGCAAUGGAAAGUUUGACGAAUGCUGGCUAUGCCUCACACGUAGGACGUACGCAGACAUCAGUACCCCUUACGCCCCAGCCCCUGAUCCAGUCGUAUGCCGCCGACAAGAACGCUGCCGGCACUUCUCAAGUUGCUCGACCUCCAGCUCCCUUACCAAUAGGCGCGCAAAAUCAGAUGCGAGCUCCCGAGUAUCAGAAUGUACUGCUACCACAGCAAUUCACAUCUUUUGUGCCCGUCAAUACCGCUCACAGCGCCGAAUUUCCACAGCCGCCCAGCAAUUUUGGCUUCUCGUCCCAGCCAGUUCCCUCCUUGGACAACAAUAGAUCGCUCCCGGUCUGGAGCAGUACCGGCCCGAUUCCAUUUGGCAAAGCGCCCGCCCGGAGCGAAGAGCUGGAGCCAGCAGCUGAAGUUCCUGGCAGCAUUUGGGACGUACCCGUCACUCCGAAGAAAGAGCCUUGA